GCUGGGGUAGGUGAGAGGGCAGAUUCUCUGGAGGCAGCUCCCUGGGGACUCCAGGUCCUCUCCCUGCUCUGCAGCUCAGGAGGAACCCCGGCAGGGACCCGGCACAGCAUGGCAGCCUCCGACCUUGCGCUGGAGAUGCGCUCCAUAGGGGAGAGGCUGCUGCACAAGCUGCAGAGGCUGCCCCAGGCCGAGCCCGUGGAGAUCGCGGCCUUCUCGGUCCUUGUCAUUUUCACAGCCACCGUGCUGCUGCUCCUGCUGACAGCCGCCGGCUACCGCUGCUGCCGCCCUGGGCGGGGGGGCAGGAGGGCCCUGGUGGGACCCGUGACCCCACCAUGAGGGCCAGGGCGGCGGCCGGGGAGGAGCUGGAGAGGAGACCGCCAAAGCCGCGACCCAGGGGCCCAGCCUGGCCCUGCAGCCCUCAGCCCUCAAGACGAAGACCCACGGGCCCAGCCCUGGCCUAGCCCGGGAGCCCAGACACUGACUGAGAGCUGGAGCCUCGUCCAGGAAAUAAGGGCUGUUCCGGCCACAAAACUCUCGCCUGACGGUGAACACAGGGUGCCGAGGAGGAGCCGACUGUUUCUAAGACAGAAAACCACCGGGGGUUCUGUGCCUACCUGCGUUUUCUAACAAAACACACAGGUGGGGUCCCCACACCUGGAGAACGGCCCGCACGUGUGGGGAGCUGGCCUCAAGGCUCCCACGCCAAAGAGGAGCAGGCCCAUCGGAGAGGGGCUUUGCGCAGUAGCUCCCGAGUCCCAAGCUCCCCCCAGAGCGCGGACACGUCCGUGUUCCAUUCCAGUAUUUGCCUGUUUCUUUCCCAGUAAAAGCUUUCUGGCUAUGUGUUUCUGUGGUGCCAGACUCCCUGGGCUGGGUUAUGUGCAUCAGGCGGGCAGCCGUGCCAGAAUUCCAGGGACAUGGCCAGUGACCGUCCCUUGCAGGCCUCCGCUCUCCCCGUGCUCUCGGAAGCUGGAAAAACAUGCAGGCAGGAACGCCACGUGAGAGGGAAGGCUGCGGAACCCGGGGAGGGCUGCGGUGCCGGUGGAGGCUGCGUCUGCACCAGGCAGGUGCCGGGCUCAGGACUGCCACGCCACGGUCACCACUGCCAUUAACCAGUCACCACUGCCAUUAACCGGAGCCUGCACACCCCGUCCUACCAGGCUCAGGCCACUGGGUGUUCCCAAACUUCCGCGAUAAGAGAGGUGAGGCCCCUACUACUGUCCAUAACCCGCAUCCUGCCCGUUCCGUCCUUUCCCCAACGUGCGCCGGACUGUCUGCGUUCAAAUCCUCACCCUCCCACCCCCGCCAGCUACGAAAUGGAGGUCAGUGACUCAACCUCUCCAAGCCAUGCUUCCUCCCCUGUGAAGUGGGGCUAAUCCUGGUCCCCACCUCCUGGGCUAAGCCUGUAAGGAUAAACCGAGAAGACCUUGACACAGUGCUGGGCAUAUCCUAAGACCUCCACUGAUAUGAAGCGUCGUUAUCUGCCCCUCUAAAUAGGGGGCCAAGCCAGAGCAAUGUGCACUCAUUUUAAGGACUGGGCCUGCUGACAUGCAACACUGCCUGGCCCCUUUCCCUUCGGUUUACUUUCUCUCCCACAGAACUUUCCAGGUAGAGCUACAAAGCCAGGAACGAGGGCAGGGGAGGCAGAGGCUCACGCGGUACCCACCCCCCCACCCCCACCCCGACACACACACGCACACGCACACAACCCUGGUCCGCCCGGGGCCAUAAAGAAGUCUGCAUUCUUUAUGCGCCUCUGUCAUCUUGGCCUGUGCAGCCCAUGCUCUGCCUGCCUUGAGGCAGAGCCCCAUCUACUCAGAAAACAGGGAGUGGAGAGGGGAUGCCAGCCCCUGCCACUCCCCUGCGGCCCCACCGUCUCCAGCUGACAGGCAGGCAGGAGAAGCUCUCUCUCUGGUUGGUUUCACUUCCUGGUGUCCAGGGACUUCUCUGACGGGCUUGGUUUGGGCUGAAGACCCAGAGAGGAGCGCUUUCAUAGAAAAUAAAAGAAGUUCAAGAAUCUGUCUGUACUCUCUACCACCCCCACCACACCACAAAAGAAUGGGACUCGGAAAAAUAAUGAUAACCAUGAUAAUACUUGCAACAACGGUGAGGAUAAAGAUAGCUAAAAUUCACUGAGGACUCAUCCCCCGAUCAGGCAGUGUCUUAAGCAUUUUGAUGCAGACAAAUUCAUUUAGUGAUCACGACAACCUCAAUGCCAAAUGUACCAUUAUUAUCCCCAUUUUAAAGAUGAGGAAAUACGUAACCUCCCUAAAUCUGACCAGCUGAAAAGUGGCAGAGCCAGCCUCUGGGCACCCCCCACCUGGCUCCAGAGCCCCUGCUCACCACACCCGCGGCCCCAGGCCUCCAGCUGUAGUAUUGAUAAGGCUCUCACUCCAUUAUCCACCACCUACAAUACCAACCCUAGAUC